AUGAAAGCUGCCUGGUGCUUAUCGCUGCUGCCGCUGCUUGCGUCAGCGUCGCCCGUCUCCGUUGGGACCAUCCACAAGGACGCAGCGCCCAUCCUGUCGUCGGUGAACUCCAAGGAGGUGCCGAACUCGUAUAUCGUCGUGUUCAAGAAGCACGUAAAGCACACCGACGCCGCCAAGCACCAUGAUUGGGUGCAGACGCUACACCUGUCUAGCCAAGAUGCCAGGACUGAGCUCCGCAAGCGGUCUCAGCUCCCCAUGGCGGCAGAUGAGUUCGAGGGCUUGAAGCACACCUACAACAUCGCCGGCGCGCUGUUGGGCUACUCGGGUCACUUUGACGACGAGACCAUCGAGCAGGUCCGGAGACACCCAGAUGUCGAGUACAUCGAGAAAGACUCCGAAGUACACACCCUCGAAGGCGACAAGGAGGCCGAGCUGGAGAAGAACGCUCCCUGGGGCCUUGCCCGUAUCUCCCACCGCAACAGCCUGAGCUUCGGCACCUUCAACAAAUACUUAUACUCUGCCGACGGCGGUGAGGGCGUUGAUGUCUAUGUCAUCGAUACCGGCACCAACGUCAAGCACGUCGACUUUGGCGGCCGUGCCCACUGGGGCAAGACCAUCCCAUCAGGCGACGCCGAUGAGGAUGGCAACGGCCACGGCACCCACUGCUCCGGUACUGUUGCUGGCAAGAAGUACGGUGUCGCCAAGAAGGCCAACGUCUACGCCGUCAAGGUCCUCCGCUCGAACGGCUCCGGCACCAUGUCGGACGUCGUCAAGGGUGUCGAAUGGGCAGCGGAGGCACACAUCAAGGCCGUCGAUGACGCUAAGAAGGGCAAGAAGAAGGGCUUCAAGGGCAGCGCCGCCAACAUGAGCUUGGGCGGCGGUAAGUCUCCCACUCUCGACCAGGCCGUCAACGCCGCCGUUGACGUCGGCAUUCACUUCGCCGUCGCUGCUGGCAACGACAACGCCGACUCCUGCAACUACUCUCCCGCUGCCGCUGCCAAGGCCGUUACUGUCGGCGCUUCCACCCUCGCUGACGAGCGCGCCUACUUCUCCAACUUCGGCAAGUGCAACGACAUCUUUGCUCCUGGCUUGAACAUCCAGUCCACUUGGAUUGGCAGCGAUCACGCCAUCAACACCAUCUCUGGUACCUCCAUGGCCUCGCCGCACAUUGCUGGUCUCCUGGCCUACCUGCUCUCCCUCCAGCCUGCCAAGGAUUCUGCCUUCGCCGUUGCGGACAUCACGCCCAAGAAGCUGAAGGAGAACCUCAUCUCCAUCGCCACCGAGGGCGUGCUUGACAACGUGCCCAGCAACACCAAGAACAUCCUCGCUUGGAACGGCGGCGGGUCCUCUAAUUACACCGACAUCGUGCACAAGGGCAGCUACUCUAUCAAGAGAGAGUCGUCCGACAAUACCGUCACCAUCACAAUCCCCUCUGUUGAGUCCGUUGAGGAGUCGCUUACAAGCGUCGGUCACGAGGUUGCCUCUGGCUCCAAGCACCUCGCAUCCCAGGUCGAGAAGCUCAGCGAGAAGAUUGAGGACUUCGUUACUGAGGAGAUGGAGGAGCUGAUUGAGGAGUUCGAGAGGGGCCUCAAGGCUCACAAGGCUUCGGCGUAG